AUGCAACUAAUUGAAUCUCCAGGUGAAGUUUUUGAUUUAGUACAAAUGGAUUUUACAGGUCCACUCCCCAGAUCAAUAAAUGGAAACCGAUAUGUAAUCUCCUUAACUGAUUAUCUCUCAAAAUAUGUAAUUAGCAAAGCUGUUCCUGAUGAUUCAACAAAGACAGCAGCUGAGUUUCUUGUUGAUAUAUCAUUGGAAUUUGGUCCUCCUCAUCAAUUGCAAACUGACCGUGGGAUCCACUUCACAGCUGCAAUCUUCGAAGCAGUUGCGAAACGCUUGGGAUGUGUACAUACGGUAUCAACACCUUAUCAUUCUCAGUCGCAGGGAGUCAUCGAGAGAUUUAAUGCAACAUUCAAACAACAAUUGGCUAAAUAUACAAACGAACAUUAUGAUGAUUGGGAUGAUUACCUUAGAACAACUGUGUCAUCUUACAAUAGUUCGGUUCAUCAAGUAACUCAAUUUACGCCAUUUCAAAUAUUUCAUAAAAGAAAACCAGUCUCAAUAUUUGAUCCUAUAAGAAGAAAAGUCACUAUUCCCGGAGUCAAUGAUUAUUGGGAUUAUUUUCUUCGAUUUGAAUAA